ACAAAAGUGGGAAUGACAAAGAAGCUAAAAAGAAAGAAAAAAUGAGUUAUUUUUGCAUGAAAAUAAAGGCUUAGACUAUGAGACGCUUGGCAGAAUAUUGCAACCAUUUCUCACCAAUUACUUCACUUCUUAAACAAAAACCAUCUCUCUUCCCCUUCACUUCUCCCCAAGAAAAUAAAUACACACAUACUAUAUAAUUUCACCAUUUAUUAGAAGAUUGUAAUCAUUAGUAUCAGUACUAGUACUAGUUUCCUAGUUAGUAAUCUUUUUUUUUGGUCAUGUGAAAAAAAUGACGGAAGGGUCUAGUAAAAUGAAGAUAUGUUCAUCAUGCUGUAAAUCAACAUCAACAAGACUUUUAUGGAUUAUGGUCCCAUUUAUUUUAGUUUCUAUUUUCUUCGCAUUUGGGAAUUCAAAGAAUUCAUCUUCUUUAUCAUUUUCUUCUCCAAGUUGGCUUUUUGGUUCAGGAAAAAAUAACUCCGGUGGCAAGCAACCGGAAUUGGUGGCGGUGGCGGUGGUCAACGGUGGCGCUGACCGUGAAGAAGCUAUUUUAGAAGAUUACAGUUUUAAUAGUACUAUUAAUAGUAAUAAUUUUUCACCACUUACUGCUGAAGCUGAUCAAGAAUCUGAAGAACAAGUUCAAGAAAAUCAGCAAAAACCACAGGUUGUAAUACAGAGGGAUGAAAGUUUUAACAUUUCAUUGGAGAAACCAAAUGAGUUUCCUUCUUUGAAUGAAACUCAGGCUCUUCCAAUUGAACCUAAAAUCAAGAAAAUUUUUAGCAAUCUGGAGAGGCUAGAAGUCAAAUUGGGGAAAGCUCGAGCAGCCAUCAAAGAAGCCACUACAUCUGGAAAUCAAACGAAUGACCCUGACUAUGUUCCAUCAGGUCCGAUGUAUUGGAAUGCCAAAGCGUUUCAUAGGAGUUACUUGGAAAUGGAAAAGCAAUUCAAGGUAUUUGUGUACGAAGAAGGAGAACAGCCUAUUUUUCACAAUGGUCCGUGCAAAAGCAUAUAUGCGAUGGAGGGGAACUUCAUUUAUCAAAUGGAGACAACCAAAUUCCGGACCAGAGACCCCAAGAAAGCUCAGGUCUUUUUCCUACCUAUCAGUGUGACGGCAAUAGUUCACUUCAUAUAUGAUAGAAACUCCAAAGAACAUUGGAAUCCGAUGAAACAGACGCUUACAGAUUACAUUAAUCUUGUCUCUGGAAAAUAUCCUUAUUGGAAUCGAAGCCUAGGCGCAGAUCACUUCAUGCUCGCUUGCCAUGAUUGGGGGCCUGAACUUUCAAAGGCUGUUCCGGAUCUAUACAAGAACUCAAUCCGAGCGUUAUGCAAUGCUAAUACCUCGGAAGGAUUCAAACCUUCUAGAGAUGUAUCAUUCCCGGAGAUCCUUCUUCCAGGAGGUACGAUGGAUGGCCUAAUCGGCGGUCCAUCCCCAUCGCGUCGAUCAAUAUUGGCUUUCUUCGCUGGAGGGCUUCACGGGCCUAUACGCCCAAUACUUCUAGAGCAUUGGGAGAACAAAGACGAAGAUAUCCAAGUCCACCGGUAUCUACCAAAAGGCGUCUCGUACUAUGGCAUGCUAAGGAAUAGCAAAUUUUGCCUUUGUCCUAGUGGUUAUGAAGUUGCUAGUCCCCGGAUGGUUGAGGCACUUUACACUGGAUGUGUCCCGGUCCUCCUUAAGGACCAUUACGUGCCACCAUUUAGCGACGUUUUGAACUGGAAAUCGUUCUCUGUUGAAGUCCCUGUCGAGCAAAUUCCCAACUUGAAGAAAAUUCUGUCUGGAAUUUCUACAAGGCAAUAUAUAAGAUUGCAAAGAAGAGGUAAACAAGUGAGGAGGCAUUUUGAAGUUAAUAUGACUCCAAAAAGAUAUGAUGUGUUCCACAUGAUACUUCAUUCUGUUUGGCUUAGAAGAUUGAAUAUGAGGCUUCGUGGUCUUGAAUAUUUGUGAUCCAUUUGUAUCUUCUUUUUUGUUUUAGGUGAACCACGAAUGUAAUUUGUUUAGGAACCUACGUUUAUUAAAUUUUUUUAAAUAUUUGUUUUAGGUGGUUAA